GCUAUUCACAAAAAACAUCUGUUUUUCAAAAAUCUGUUUUAAAUUUCAAAUGCCUUUUGAAGUGAAAACUAAUUGUGUUUUGAUUUUUAGCGACAAAAUUAAUACACGUUUUAGUGGUUUAAGCGGUGAUCACGUGAUCGCGUGAAUUGGUGUCCCAUUUGCUCAAGACUUUUAACACCCGGGAACCGAUGUCUGAAUUAUCUCUGAACCAGAGUUGGGACUAUUUGUCGGCGAGUUUGACACACUUCGAGCCAACAAGUGGCCACAACUCGUGUGAACUCCAGACUGCGAUACAAGUACUCAAAGACAACUCAUUCCUCGAGGUACUCAUCGAAUGGUACUAUGAUUUGUACAACACAUACAUCAACGAAGAACUCGUACCGCAGUUUUGGUCGCCAUUCAAGACGAGACACCACUCGUCGUCCGCCAACUCCUCGGACACCGCUUUCCCCACGACAUCCACUCACGACAUCCUAUUCGCCGCCUUUAACGAGCUCUUCGUGUCCGCCAAUAAGUGGAUCGAAAACCAAGUGUUGAGAUCAGUGUUCGAGUUGUGCUCCGAUUGUCAACAGUUCCGCGAACUGCAGAUGAAGAUGAAGGCACUGUUGCGGUCGAUACUGAUGGCGGAGAUACCCGUCUGCUUCAAUCAGUACCUCUUAAGCGCCUAUUCGUUGGCCUUUUCGGUGAAUCAGUACCAGAAGAAUAGACACAACCUGUCGGUCGACGUGUCCACCGAAUCGAUCGAAAUGGACGCCAAGUGCAGAGGGUGUCAGCAGUCCAUCGAAUGCUUGUGUCGAUCCAUCGGCGAAGACUUCAUGCAAUUCAACCGACAGUUGAGUGAAUUAUCACUGAUUGAAGUGAUGUCUGGCGACACCAUCACGUCUGUGAUGCACUCGUGCAUCGAAAAGCAUAUCUACCAGAGCUGUAAAGGCAACUUCGAGGUCUCGUGUAUCUGCAAUCUCAAGAAGUGGAUCGACAACACUGUCAUCAAUUGGGUGCGCAUAGUGUACGGCAUGUCCUCCUUCAGCAACAGUCUGUCCAACUUAGAGGAACGGCUGACACACUUCCUGUACGAGACGUACGCCAACUGUCGUAUGGAACAGAUGUUCGACAUUAUCAUCGAAUACCCGGAGUCGGAGCCAUCGCUGAUCGACUUGAGGGAGUGUCUGGAAAAGUGCGCCAACUUUAGGCCCAAACUGAUUAAGUCGCUGAAGGAGUCGCUGGAGACCCGGCUCCUACACCCGGGCGUCAGCACCAGCGACAUACUGGCCGCCUAUAUAUCGGCCAUUAAGGCGCUCCGGGUGUUGGACCCGACGGGUGUGGUGUUGCAGUUGGUGUGCGAGCCGGUGCGCCGGUACCUCAAGUCACGGGACGACACCGUCCGGUGCAUCAUAACGGCGCUGACGGACGAGACGUCUAGCGAACUGUCGCCGGAGUUCGUGAAAGGGGGCGUCCAGUCGAGCGAUGAGAACAACUACGCCAGCGAUGACGAGAAUAUCGGUGACAAUUGGCAGCACUGGGUGCCCGACCCCAUAGAUGCCAAUCAGGAAGUGACUAACGGGGGAACGGGUGGCUCGAAGUCGCUGAGGAGUUCCGAUAUCGUCAGCAUUUUGGUGAACAUCUACGAGAGUAAGGAUCUGUUCGUCGAGGAGUACCAGCGACUGCUGGCGCAGAGGCUGUUGACGAACUUCGAGUGCAAUCUGGAACACGAGCGCCGGAACCUCGAGCUCCUGACCCUCCGGUUCGGCGAAUCGGAUCUUCACGCCUGCGAAGUGAUGCUCAAAGACGUGAAAGAGUCGGAGCGUAUCAAUCAGCGCAUCAAUUCUGGUGAGAUCGAGGCGCACCGCAUAGACGCCUUUCCCAUCAAUUCGCUGAUACUGUCGGCCCAAUUCUGGCCGGAGAAGCUCGGGUUGCCGGCCAUCGAGGACUUGAGCGGUCUUAAGCUGCCGCCGGAGGUCGACUCCGGGACCCAGGAGUACACGCGUGCGUUCGAGACCAUCAAAGGCAGCCGUACGCUGAACUGGAUGUCCCACUUGGGUCUCGUGCAGCUGGAGCUGGACUUUAACGGCAAAAAGUUGACGUAUUCCGUGCCGCCCAUACAGGCGACCAUCAUAUGGCACUUCCAGUCGCGCCAGUCGUGGACUAUCACCGAACUGUGCGAAGUGAUGGGUAUUCCGCCGUCAAUACUGCGCCGACGGAUCGCUUUGUGGCAAAACAAAGGCAUUCUGAAGGAGACGACAACCGACCGGUUUGUGCUGAUAGAGGACGAGCGGAUAGUGUCGGCGCAUACCGGCGCCCACGCGGACACGCAUAUGGACAACGAUUUUGACGAAGACAUGGCUAACGAUAAGAUGACGGCGUCGGCAGUCGAUGAGAGGGAGGAGAAGCUGUCGGUGUACUGGAGUUUUGUGCUCAAUAUGCUCCAGAAUCUGAAUUCGUUGACAUUGGAGCGGAUCCAUCAGAUGCUGCAGAUGUUUGCCAUGCAGUCGGCCAACGCUAAUGAGCUGACCGCUCAUGAGUUGAGACAGUUCUUGGAGUCGAAGGUGAGGGAGCAGAAGCUGGUCUACUCUAACGGACAGUAUAGGCUCAAUGAUGCCAAUUGA